AUGGCGUCCGAAGAAAGUAGAGAUAAUGCGUAUGUCUAUACUGCGCAGACAGCCUACCGUUCAAAACCAGCCUACAGACCGAAACCAGCAUAUGUAUUCGUGGUUACCCCCAGACAGCAACGCCCAUAUACCAAUGAAAUGACGGUAACCCGGUUCCCAACCACUUCUCGGAACACAAUUCGACGAUACAACGGUCUUCCUACACGAAUAAACGAGUUUAAUUAUAAAUAUUUUCUUUUCCCGUCGAUCUUACGUUAG